UCUCUGACCAGAGCUCCGACUUUUCCCCACUCCCCACUUUCUUCCCUCUCCUUCCCUGACAUCGCACCCGCUUUUUAGCCCACCUACCGGCAGCGGCAGCGCCCCCAUAACAAAACGCACCCGCACCUCCAUUCCCCCACCUCUCCCACUCUCUCUCUCUCCAAUCCAAAAACCCAAACAGCAGAGACACCACCCCAUCACAGGAGCAGAGCGAGAGGAGAGCGGCAUUGCCAAACUAGGCGAGCCGCAGUGAUACACGCGCCCCCCUACCGCCCACGCGACGGUCGCAACGAGCUGGGAGGGAGGGAGGCGGCACCAGCUACGCGGUUGUGGUUGGCGCUAGCGCUUGCUAGUAGCGGGCUGGCAGCGUGAGGCGAGAUUCCAAAGGGGAAAAGGCUGCGGGAGCAAAAGGGGAGGCGAGGGCGGAGCGGGAAAAGGGGAGUGGGGGGGGGGGGGGGCAGUGGGGAAUCCAUUCCAAUCCGACCCCGGCCGGAGCAGUACAGCGGUGACUGGCUGGAAGUGAAGUGUGCGCGGCAAGCGACGCACGCCACCGACAACGAACACCGACACCGCCCCCCCCCCCCCCCGCGGCUGAUCGGAGCCGCGUGCCAGAUCCAACCCCCGCCGGAAUCGCAGCGGGUUCCGGCGUCCGCGGUCCCUCCCCGUAUCUGCAUUCCGCGCAGGAGCUUGUAAGCGGCUCGAGCCCUCACCUCACAUACUUUGCAUCCGAUGGAUCGACGCAGCUGGCCUUGGAAGAAGAAGUCAUCUGAUAAAUCAUCAAACACAUAUGUCUCACAGAAUUCCAAUCAAGCUGAACAGGAAGACAAAGCUCCAAAAUUUGUGCAAAUUUCACCUGAAACAUAUUCACAUCUAACUGAGUCAGAAGAGAAAGUAAAAAUUUUAGAUGAAAAUAUGAAGGUCUUGAAUGAAAAACUCUCUGCAGCACAAUCUGAGAUCACAACUAAAGAUGCCCUAGUGAAACAGCAUGCAAAAGUUGCUGAAGAAGCUGUAUCAGGUUGGGAGAAAGCUGAAGCAGAGGCCUCCGCACUGAAGCUUCAGCUAGAAACUGUUACAUUGUCUAAACUAGCUGCUGAAGAAAGAGCUGCACAUCUGGAUGGUGCUCUGAAAGAAUGCAUGAAGCAAGUAAGGACUGUUAAGGAAGAAGGUGAGCAGAAGCUACAUGAUGUAGUCUUUGCAAAAACCAAACAGUGGGAGAAGAUAAAGGCCGAGUUCGAAGCAAAACUACUUGAAUUUGAACAGGAGCUCAUAAGGGCUGGUGCUGAAAAUGAUGCACUCACAAGAUCACUUCAAGAACGGGCAGAUUUGUUGAUGAAAAUUGAUGAGGAAAAAGCUGAAGCAGAAGCCGAGAUUGAAGUCUUGAAAAGCAAGAUCCAGUCAGGAGAAAGGGAGAUAAAUUCACUAAAAUAUGAACUGCAUGUUGUCUCCAAAGAGCUUGAAAUCCGCAAUGAGGAAAAGAACAUGAGUGUGCGCUCAGCUGAUGUAGCAACUAAACAGCGCCAGGAGGAUGUCAAGAAAAUAUCCAAACUGGAAGCUGAAUGCCAAAGAUUACGUGGCCUCGUUCGGAAGAAGUUACCUGGUCCUGCUGCACUAGCUCAAAUGAAAAUGGAGGUGGAGAGCUUGGGCAGAGAGUAUGGAGACAAUAGAGUACGACGAUCCCCUGCAAAGAAUUCUAGUUUCCAUCGCCCUAUGUCUCCUAUGUCUCCUAUGUCUCCUGUUCCUGAUUAUGCCAUAGAGAACUUACAGCACAUGCAGAGAGAGAAUGAGUUUAUGACUGCUCGUCUAUUAACCAUGGAAGAAGAAACCAAGAUGCUAAAAGAGGCAUUGACUAAGCGGAACAGUGAGCUACAAUCGUCAAGAAGCAUGUAUGCUAAGACAGCAAGCAAGCUCCGCAGCUUGGAAGUUCAAAUAUUGACUGGAAACCAACAUAAGAGUCCAACUCCAAACAUGGAUAAUCACUUUGAUGGUGCACUGAGCCAAAAUGGAAGCAACCCACCUAGUAUGACUUCCAUGUCUGAAGAUGGUGUUGAUGAUGAAGGAAGUUGCACGGAAUCUUGGGCUAAUGCUCUGGUCUCUGAGCUCUCUCACUUCAAGAAAGAGAAAGUGGCCAAGAGCAGUGUGACUGAAGGCUCCAAUAGGUUGGAACUCAUGGAUGACUUCUUAGAGAUGGAGAGAUUAGCAUGUUUGUCUUCUGAAGCUAACUGCAAUGGCAGUACUAUUGACAAAAUGAAGAUCGAUGAAGUUGGGGCUACUUUAUCUGCUAUUACUGAAAGAGAUGGUGCUAAAGAUUCGCAGUCAGCUUCACCAAUGUCAGAAGCUCCAUCUAGUAAACAGCAGCUGUCUGAGAAGUCUCCACUCUUGAAAUUACAGUCAAGAAUAUCUUCCUUACUGGAUUCUGAGUCACCAGAGAACAAUGUUGGAAAGGUGCUUGAUAGUAUCAGAAAUAUUCUAAAGGAUAUUGAAGAUGAGGCAGAUUCGGUGAAUGGAAAUGAGACUCAUCACUCUGACAUGGUUGAAAUUCCUGACAGUCGAUCAUUAGUGAAGCCAGAUGGGGCAUUGAGUUCAGGGAGCAAAUGUACCCUGGAUCAAGAAUUAAUGAAUUCCAUACUGAAGAUUCAAGACUUUGUCAAGUUACUUGAUCAAGAAGUGACCAAGUUUGAAGGACAGUCAUCUGAUUACGAUGGAUUAUGUGAGAAAAUACAGCAAUUCUCUGCGUUAGUUGAGAAAGUUCUGUCAAAUGAUAAUGGCUUACAUGACAUUGUCGUGGCACUGUCCCUCAUCUUGUCAGAAACUGGUCAGAUUAAGUUUACAAUGUUGAGAGACAGCAGCAAUGAAGCAGAAAGUAAUAAUUUGGAUUGUAUUGAUAAAGUGACUCUACUUGAAAAUAAGGUGCAGCCUGAGUCACUAAAAGAUAACCUUUCUGGUCUCUGUCCGCUAUUGCCUCGUUCAUCUUCUGAUCCUGAGUUUGAGGGGCCUGUUGAUGCUGGAUUUGAUGUUAAGACUGCAGUGAAGAUAUGCUCAUCAGAGGAAUAUGAACAACUUAAAUCUGAGAAGACAAAUUUGGAGAUAGAAUUAGCGAAGUGCAAUGAAAUAAUAAAAGAAACAAAGGUAAGGUUAAGUGAUAUGGAAAAAUACCUGGGAGACCUCUCAUCCAAGUUGGCUGACAGUGAGAAAUUGAAUAGUCUGAGUGAGACACAGUUGAAGUGUAUGGCUGAAUCGUACAAGUCACUUGAAUCAAGAAAAGUUGAAUUAGAAAAUGAAAUAGAAGUGUUGCGGUCCAAAAUAGAUACUUUGACAGCUGAACUCACUGACGAAAGACAAAGUCAUCAGGAGGACUUAAUGAAAUACAAAGAUCUCGAGGAGAAGAUGGAAAGGUAUGAGAUCGAGAGGAGUUCAAUGCUUGUGGAUGAGGACUCAGAUACCAAGUCAAAGCAGGAGAAAGAAAUAGCGGCUGCAGCAGAGAAGUUGGCAGAGUGCCAGGAGACAAUGCUGAUCCUUGGCCGUCAACUGCAAGCUAUGCGUCCUCCUGCAGAAUCAUUAGGUUUUUCACCUAACCGACAACGUAUGGAGGACUUUUUGCAGGACGCAGUAGGAACAACUGCAGGAGAGUACUCCCAAAAGCUGUCAGGUGAACCUGAUACAGAUCAGGAAAUGCCUGGAACAGGAAAUGAAUCUCCUGUCAAUGGAUACAAGAUGAACAUAACCCCCUCUGAUGUGGAUGGAACCCCUUCCCUUUCCCCAAACAGUUCCAAACGUCCCAAUCAUAGAUUGAAAUCCUCGUCGUCUUCCUCAUUCGCUAACCAGCUGCCAGAGAAACAAAACCGGGGCUUCAGUCGGUUCUUCACGAAGGGCAAAGAGUGAAAACUCGCUGGGUUGCAGCAUCGUGUUGGUUCAUUCUUGGAGGCGAAUGGGUGGAAUGGAAUGAUGGAGGCCAGGAAUUUCUGUUAGAGCUAGUGGGCAAACCUGCCUGUGUAUUGUCUCAGGUGAUGCCUUCGGUUGCUGGAAUAAUACUCUCAGCUUGCGGUGGAGCGGGUGUGUGAAUGUUAGCUGUCGGCAUCAUCCGCUAGAGCUUUCUGGGUUGCCGUGUGUUUGAAACCUCACUGAAACCUCACUGUACAUGUGCUUACUUGCAUGAAGCAGAGCAUGGUGGUUGUUGAUUUUGUGUUAA